CCCCGUCCCUCCGUGAAUGGAGUUCAGUUUUAAAUUUUUAAUGUUUUGGAAGCUUCUCAACGCUCCAUAGCAACAAUGGCUUCAAUCUUGAUCAAGCGUUGCAAAACCCUAAGGCAGAUCUCAGUGGCACGUUUCAGCCACCGCAUACAACCGCCACAGCCGCCGGCGCCACUGUCUCCAGGGUUUCAUCAGCGCCGUCUCAAAUCCGACAAAUACUCCGGAGACACCUACGAUCACAUUAGGGCUGACGUCAACUGCCCCCGAUGCUCCAGCCAGAUGUCCAUUCUCUUCUCCAACCGCCCACUCUCCAUCACCGCCGCGGAGCCUCCGGGAGUAUACCAGGCCUUGAAUCUUUGCCCUAAUUGCCGCACGGCGUUCUACUUCCGGCCAUUCAAGCUCGCCCCGCUGCAGGGGAGCUUCAUCGAGAUUGGAAGGUUUAAGGAUAAAGACGGCGGCGGCGGGGGAGGUGGCGGCGGCGGCAGGGGCGUGCCGAUAUGGGAGAAGUUGAGGUUGUAUGGAGGCGGAGAAGGUGGAGAAGGGGAGGCGGGAGUGAGGGAUGAGGGGGUUGUGGUGGUUGGCGGUGGUGCCCCCGGCGGUGGGAGUGGGUGGGGCGGGGCGAAUUUGGGGAGGGAGUUGCCGACACCCAAGGAGAUUUGUAAGGGACUUGAUGAGUUCGUAAUUGGACAGGAACAAGCCAAGAAGGUGCUUUCCGUGGCGGUUUAUAACCAUUACAAAAGGAUACAUCAUGCCUCCUUGCAGAAAGAGUCAGGUGCAGAAUCAACCAAGGCUGAGAUUGAUAAUGACGAUAAUGAUAGUGUUGAGCUAGAGAAAAGUAAUGUGCUAUUAUUGGGUCCCACUGGCUCAGGGAAGACAUUACUUGCAAAAACACUAGCUCGUGUUGUGAAUGUGCCAUUUGUCAUUGCUGAUGCGACGACGUUAACACAGGCAAGUUAUGUUGGAGAAGAUGUGGAAUCAAUAUUGCAUAAACUACUUAUGGUUGCUGAGUUCAAUGUGGAAGCAGCUCAGCAAGGGAUUGUGUACAUUGAUGAAGUCGAUAAGAUAACUAAGAAGGCUGAGAGCUUAAACACCGGCAGAGACGUAUCUGGAGAGGGCGUUCAACAGGCAUUGCUGAAAAUGCUUGAAGGAACUAUAGUGAAUGUCCCUGAUAAAGGAGGUAGGAAGCAUCCUCGUGGUGAUAACAUUCAGAUAGAUACAAAAGAUAUCCUUUUUAUUUGUGGUGGAGCAUUUGUUGAUUUGGAAAAGACCAUUUCAGAAAGGCGACAAGAUUCUUCCAUUGGAUUUGGAGCACCAGUUCGUGCGAACAUGAGAACUGGUGGACUAACUGAUGCUGUAGUGACAUCAUCAUUAUUAGAAUCUGUUGAAAGUGGUGAUCUCAUCGCUUAUGGCUUAAUACCUGAAUUUAUUGGACGGUUUCCAAUUUUAGUGAGUUUAUCGGCUUUAAACGAGGAUCAACUUGUUCAGGUCCUCACAGAGCCGAAAAAUGCUCUUGGUAAACAGUACAAGAAAAUGCUCAGCAUGAACAAUGUCAAGUUACAUUUUACUGAGAAUGCACUGAGGUUGAUCGCAAAGAAAGCAAUUGCAAAGAACACUGGUGCCCGAAGUUUAAGAGCCAUAUUAGAAAAGAUUUUAACGGAAGCCAUGUUUGAGAUUCCAGACGUGAAGACAGGAACAGAUAUGGUGGAUGCAGUUUUGGUUGAUGAAGAGGCUGUUGAGUCGAUAGAAGAACAGGGGUGUGGGGCAAAAGUACUUCGUGGAGAGGGUGCAUUGGAGCAAUUUCUUCAUGAAACAAAAUCCAGCAAUCCCUUGGUAUGUUUUCCUUAUGCCCCCCCAUGUACAUGGAUCCUUCUGAACUUGGUUUUUAGCCAAAAAUUCUUUUCAACAUUGUUUAAGGGCCUCGGCAACAAUUUCAAUAAUAGUUGAGAAUUCUAAGAAGUUUUCAAGAAUAAAAUUCUAUUUGAAAACUUAUACCAUGCACUAGGUUUCAAAGUUAUUAGGUAUCAAAAGUUUUGAGGGCACUAGGUACUCGUACCAUGCAAAAGUUUUCAUUUUUUUUCUCAAAACACUCCCUAAAAACAUUUGAAAACAUUUUAAAUUUGUUUUCAAAUUUCUAAAAAUCCAAAGAUUGUCAAAUCUAAAUUUGAAGUGGAAAGAAAACAAGAAAACAAUUUCUAGGAACGUUUACCAAAUAAUCACAUAUAUUUUAGUUUGAUUUUCCUAAGACAUUUAUUAGAAAAUUUUGGGUUUGAUUCCUCGUCAUUUGUAUUUCACCACCAUGGACUGCAGGGAAGAGAUGAGAUGGCUCAGGAGUUGUUGCCGAGAGAAAUGGAGGUUUCAUCAAGAGCCUUGAGCUUCUAACUUCCCUACUUUUCUCUUCUUUUUUUCCAUCACAUAUUCGUUUUAUAUCAUAUGUAAAACUUCCAAUUAUAUAAAAAUUAUAGUUGCAACUCGCAA